AACCAACAUCCGGUAACAGGUGACACGAAACCAAGAUUCAUUUUUAUCAAAAUUGUUGCACCCAGAAGCUUGCAAGAUGGAUUCUGACAUUGAUAUAUCAAAUGCCAAGCUUAUGUGGGCACCAGAUACAAAUCGUUCUACAAAAAUGGAUGCAUUUCGCGAGACUGUCAAUAGGAAAUUUGGUUUAAAAUUAGGCAACUACCAAGAACUAUACAAAUGGAGUGUUAGUAACUAUGCAGAAUUCUGGGAAGAGUGCCUCCAGUUUUUACCAAUCAGAUAUUCCAAGCCAUGGCAGCAGGUUGUCGAUAAGUCUAAAAGUAUUGAAGAAGUCCCUGAAUGGUUUCAAGGCUGUCACAUGAACUUUGCAGAAAACAUGCUACAAUAUAAUGAUGAUAGAAUAGCAGUUUAUGCAGCAGUGGAAGGAAGAGAACAAGUCAAAAAGAUAACUCACAGAGAACUCAGAGAUAGAGUGGCAUUGUAUGCUUCAGCUAUGAAAAAGAUGGGAAUUAAGAAAAAUGACAGAAUAGUUGGAUAUAUCUCCAACUGUGUGGAAGCCUUGGAGGCAAUGCUUGCUGCAUCAAGCUUGGGUGCAAUAUGGAGCUCAACAUCACCAGAUUUUGGAGUUUCGGGCGUUUUGGAUAGAUUUACUCAAAUCCAGCCCAAGCUCAUUUUUUCAGUGGAUUGUGUGGUGUAUAAUGGUCGGGUUCACAAUCAUUUGGAAAAGUUACAGCAUGUUGUUCAAGAUGGUUCUCCUUUGGUUCUCAGUGCCAAUGUCCUGUGGGAUUUGGUUGACAAGAUAGGAAUCAGCAUACUAGGAACAGGAGCAAAAUGGCUUGCAGUGCUGGAAGACAAAGGUGUCAAACCAAUUGAAACCCACAGUCUGAAAAGCCUGCACACCAUCUUGUCUACAGGGUCCCCACUUAAACCACUGACCUAUGAAUAUGUCUACAGGGAUAUUAAAAAAGAUUUACUUCUAGGAUCAAUAACAGGAGGAACAGACAUCAUAUCGUGCUUUGCUGGCCAGAAUUGCACUCUGCCUGUAUAUAGGGGAGAAAUUCAGGCUAGAAACCUAGGAAUGGCUGUGGAGUGUUGGAAUGAGGAUGGGAAACCUGUGUUUGGAGAAAGCGGAGAAUUAGUAUGUACAAAGCCUUUCCCAAGCAUGCCUACAUACUUUUGGAAUGAUGAAGAUGGACUGAAAUAUAAAAAGGCUUACUUUGAUAAGUUUAAAGACAUGUUGUAG